CAGCCGCUGGAUGCUCGGUGGCGCGGCCCCUCCGGCUCGGCCAGCGCUCCCUCCCGCCGCGCCAGCUCCAGGCGCUCCCGCUGGGGCAUGGCCGAGGCUGCCAGCUCGUCGCGCCGCCCCGCCCCGGGCAAGUGCGAGGCGAGAGGUGCGGGGGUGGCCCGAGCGCGCUGGCGGCUGCUCGGACAGGUUCUGAAGAAAAAGCACUUGAAAGAUGUGCAUCUCCAACAAGUAUCUGUAAGAAGGUUUGCAUCGUUCAAUCUCUUUUCUGUAGAAGACCAGAAUAUGGAAGACGAAACCGGGACCUGGGUUCAAUAUAAAAGCGUCUUUUAUCCUGAGUAUAGUGUGUCCUUAAGAUUUCACAAUGGCCUCUUAAAUGUUAAAGACGUUCUUACAAGUUUUGACAACACGGGGAAUGUCUGUAACUGGCAAUCUGAGACUUGUGUGUCAUUAACUCUGUCUCUCUUUGGAGUUUCAGUUCCUAACCUGGUCCAUUCGCAGUCUUAA